CCAUCGGCUAGCCUGCUACUUCACCAAGCAGCUCAGAGAUUCAGAUAUGGCAGCUCCGAGAGCAGUCUUCCUCGGCGUCUGCGCCGUGCUGCUGGCGGCCGCCGUCGCCAACGCAGAGGCGGCGUCCUUCGUGGUCGGCCAGGCCAAGUGCGCCGGCUGCACCAGGAAGGACAUGAACGCCGAGGAGGCCUUCAAGCGUCUCCGGGUGGCGAUCAAGUGCAGGGACGUCCACGGUGAGUACGAGAGUAAGGCGGUGGGCGGCCUCGACCGCACCGGCGCCUUCAGCGUGCCCCUGGCCGCCGACCUCCACGGCGCCGACUGCGUCGCCCAGCUUCACAGCGCCGCCUCCAACGCGCCGUGCCCCGGCCAGGAGCCGUCCAAGGUCGUGCCGGUGUCCGAGGGCGCCACAUUCGGCGUCGUCCCCGGCGCCAAGACCGCCGCCACGCCGUCGGUGGCGUCCCCGGAGUGCGCGUCAGCCCUGUGCAGCAAGACCAAACGCGACAUCUGGAAGAAGAGCCACGGCGGCGGCCACCACAAGAGGAAGCACAACCCGCACAAGCCGGAGGCCAAGGCCCAGCCGUAAACAGGCGUGCCCAAGCCGCCGGAGCCCCACCCGGACGUACCACCCUCCCGCCCAGCAUUGAAAUCCACAUGAUUUCGUUCUGUCACUGUUGCUAUUUAUGAUUUCAUUCAGUGUCUGCAGAACUCAGGAGAGUUCGGAAUAACACGGUUGACUCAUCCGUGUUAUGAGAAGGACAGGCGGAUCCGUGUGUGUGUGUGUCACAGUGUACCUUUUUUUUUUACAAAUGUUUGUAAUAUCAGUGUGAUUUUUCUGUGGGAAAAAAGAAGUCGUCGUAAAUAAAUAAAUCAAGUAAUAUAGCCGGUUUUCAGGGUUCAGGGUUGAAACUUA